GACUUUCCGCUGCCAGCACGCUCUACAAGCUCAUCUUGAUCUUCCAUCUCCCUUUCAUCCAAUACUGCUCGAUAUUCCUCCGUAUCUUUGACUCGAGAAAUUCCGACCAGUGGUUCUGCAUUGCGCAGCUUUCUCAACGUGCUGGAGCAUGGUCCCGGAAUAAAGCUGUGCUGUAUGUCAUAAUGGGUGAAGAACAGGUGCGUGUUGAUAUGAUCCGUCCUACAUACAUACCUGGAAACGCUGAUUAUAUGAAAGAUAUAUUUGACACUUCGCCCAAGUCUGGCGAGAGCUGGCUAUAUGCACGCCCAGGCAUUCUUAAGCUUCGAAAUCCCCUACUAGACCGUCUUCUGCUUCUCUUUCAAGUCAGUGAGGUCAUUGUAUGCGUAUGCAUAUACUCACCUUUCCAUGGUGAUACGGGCUGGAGCUGGUCAUAUACGACCAUAUUUUCCGCUUUCACCGCAUAUAGCAUAUUAUCUGGCCUAAAUUGCGGCAGGGUUGUCCUUGUGUGUCGCAUCCUGUGAAACCCUGGAACAAGGUCUCUAUCGUCGCUUCCGAACCAGAAUUACGUGUCUUGAAGGAAUUUAACCUCCCUCGUUUUCAUUUCAAAGU